UCCGCUCUCUUAGUGCCGAGUCUGAUGCCGAUAACAUCGACGAGAGACUAGAGUCAACUAAUCAUCUGUUAAUGUCUUUCUCUCCCGGUAAAUGAGUUCAAGGUCCAUAUACCGAAGGCUUCGCUCAUGAGAUGAGCCGCAGUAUCAAUCUUGUGCCCGUCCAUUCCUUACCAGCAUAGAGGCCGCCGCUCUAGGCAAUUGUCAUCGUCAUGGAGAGUCACUCAUUCUCGGUUCUGUUCAUUGCGCUUAGUUUUCUUCAAACAUGUCACUCAUUCAAUCUCUACCCAGCCAUCAAUGGUGAUAAGCUCGCCAAGUCACUGAACGUCACAUCAGACUGCAUUACAGCACUAAAUCAAACUAUCCCAGAAUGUGACCAGACGUUACUGCAGAUGACGAUGAACCUGGAGAACUACUGGUGGACCGAUGACAACCUCACGGCUGUCUGCGACUCAGGCUGUGCUGAAGCCGUUGGAUCGUGGAAUUACAAUGUCUCUGACCCCUGCUUCGAGCAGACUUUCACAGCAUAUGGAAAGCUUGUACCCAUUUGGACGGUCACUGAGCGUGUUGUUGACAAUCUCAUCUUCGCCUGUUUGCCAUCUCGAUCCGACAAUUACACGUACUGCCUCACAGAAUCCCAGGAGUGGGUCGGAGCCGAUGUGUUGCGGGUUGACUGUGAUGCCAAUCCCUCAGAUCCCACUUGCGGCGGCAACUCCACGGACAUCCCCGAGGCAAACGUUCGUCUGGCCAACCUGUACGAAGACGAUAUUUUGUGCAAUGAUUGUUUCAUCAAUCAGCUUUACACUCGCCUCUCGUCCAUCUUCCUGCCGGACACCGACUACUCGGAGUAUCUCGCAGACCAAAUUUAUGAUAUCCAAGAUGUCUGCAAUAAAACAAUUCCCGACUUCACUAUUGCACUGCCUUGGAAUUAUGAGACUGCAGCGCCCCUAUCUUCCGUAAACGUGGGAUCUUCGACGACUGCCGUGGCUACUGCUACCAGUUCCACAACCGCUGCUACGACCACGUGCGCUGGUCAGACGCUUGGUUCUGCUUCUGCAUCAAAGAGGAAUAAUGCGUUGGACUGGAUCAAAAGAUCUACACCCGGUUUGGAGCCUAGGGCAUCGUCAUGCGAUGACUUGUCAUCUCAGUACGGCGUGAGCACCGGCGCACUUCAGUGGUUCACCAACAGUGAUACCUGUGCUGUCUCUGGCUCGGUUUGUCUGCCACAGCGGUGCACACUGCAGAAGGUUGGAAGCAACGAGACUUGUGCGAGCAUUGCAGCAUCCAUCGGCGGUGACACUACUAUUGUGCAGUUUAAGAAGUGGAACACGUACAUCCUCGGACUUUGUGACAGUCUUACUGAGGGCCAGUGGGUAUGCAUAAGUUCUCCUGGCGUCAAUGCUACUUACACUUUGCCAGCACCACCCUUAGGCACAGAGGCCAAUGCCGGGAACCAACAACGAGGAGGUGCUGGGGGCAUCGUAUCGGUCACGACGACCGCAACAGACAUUGUCAACCCUGUUUCAGGAGGAACAGCCCCUAGCCCAACUCAAGACGGGCUUGUCACCAACUGUAACAACUACGCCAGUGCUACUGCCGGAGACGGCUGUGAAGCGUUUGCCACGCGUAAUUCGAUCGUACCAGCUCAGCUCUAUGCAUGGAACCCUGUCCUUGGCACUGCUGGUUCUGAAUGCUCAACCGCCCUAUGGGCUAGUGAGUACUACUGUAUCGGCACGUGGAAGCCAACCCAGACUUCUGCCGUGACUGCCCCGGGCCCAACUCAGACUGGAAUUACGUCUAGCUGCAACAAGUACGCAGAGGCAAUCUCCGGUGACGUCUGUAGCGUCUUUGCCUCUCGCAACAACAUCACAACCGCUCAGCUCUAUGCUUGGAAUAGCGUGCUGGGGGCCAGCGGAGAGAACUGCGCGGGUUCCAUGUGGGCGGACGAGUACUACUGUGUUGGUGUUUCUGGAUCAUCAUCCGCAGCGACGACGACACAAGCAACUACAGCCACUGCUGCGGUCUCGACGACUGCGACCCAGGUCACAGCCCCAGGCCCAACCCAGACCGGCAUCGUGUCGAGCUGCUCCAAGUUUGCUAAGGCGCCGUCUGGAGUUGUCUGCGGCGACUUUGCAAGCAGCAACAGCAUUUCGACUGAUCAGCUGUACGCCUGGAACACAGUUCUCGGUACCAAUGGAGAGAACUGUGCGUCUUCAAUGUGGGCCAACGAGUACUACUGCGUUGGGAUCACUGUGGCUGCUCCGGGUCCGACGCAAGAUGGCAUCAACUCAAACUGUGCUCGCUACGCCGAAGCACCUUCGGGUGCGACUUGCACCACGUUCUCAAGCGCUAAUGUAGUUACGUUGGCUCAGUUGUAUGCAUGGAAUCCAAUUUUGGGGACGAGUGGAGAGAAUUGUGCCUCAAAGAUGUGGGCAUUGGAGUACUACUGUAUCAGCAUCACGAAGUAGAUUUAGAACGCCCCCUUUUUUGCUAUAAGAAGAUCAAUACCCUAAGUCCAAUGAUUGCUAUGAGG